AACAGCAGCAGCAGCAGGAGGCAGCGGCACGCCUACACACACAUACACCCACACACACACAGGACAGAUGCCUGGCAAUGUAGCCGCUGUGUCGCGUGUGUGAAAAAUUGCAGCUAGAAUACAAAAUUGUUGAGCUUAAGGUGCGGAGUGCAGCAACUGGAACUGGAGCUGGAGCAGGAGCUGGAACUGGAACUAGAGCCGGAGCUGUAGCUGUAGCAUAUAUAUUUAUAUAUAUAUACAAUUAAUUUUCAUACGCCGCGUUCACACUUCAAGCAUUCAAAAUUCAUCGUCUAAGCAAAGCGGAUGCAGCCAAGCGAGCGAGCAAUUGAAAGAAUUUAACAUAGAACCAAUAUAAAAGCCAAUCAAAACGUGCAUAUCAAUUUAGAGCAGACAAACCAAAGAAAUCCAAUCAAACGAAGCAUUUAACAGGACAGCCACAACAACAACAACAACAACAACAACUACAGAAGCAGAAGCAACAACAACAACACAGACAACAACAACACCAACAACAACAAGAACUGCGUGGGUGCAUGCCGCGGAUGAGCCGCGGAUUAUGUCACGUGACGAUUAUAAUCCAGUGAAUAGCUCUGGUGUGCGCAGUCCGGGUCGCGUGCGUCGGCUACAGGAAUUGCCAACGGUCGAUCGCUCACCAUCACGGGAUUACGGCGCACGCGGAAGUCCACUAGCAAUGGGCAGUCCAUACUACCGCGACAUGGAUGAGCCAACAAGUCCCGCCGGUGCGGGACACCAUCGCAGCCGCAGUGCCAGCAGACCACCGAUGUCACAUGCCAUGGACUAUCCAAGAACCCGCUAUCAGUCGCUCGAUCGCGGCGGCCUUGUCGAUCCGCACGAACGUGAAUUUAUUCCCAUACGAGAGCCGCGUGAUCGCUCCCGGGACAGAUCCCUGGAAAGAGGACUCUACCUGGAGGACGAACUGUACGGCCGUUCGGCGCGACAAAGUCCCAAUGCGCUAGGAGGCUAUAACACGGGCAUGCCCACAUCGGAUCGUGCCUAUCUCGGGGAUUUGCAGCAUCAGAACACGGAUCUGCAGCGUGAGCUGGGCAAUCUGAAGCGCGAGCUGGAACUGACGAAUCAAAAGCUGGGCAGCUCGAUGCACAGCAUCAAGACCUUCUGGUCGCCGGAGCUAAAGAAGGAGCGGGCGCUGCGCAAGGAGGAGAGCGCCAAGUACAGUCUGAUCAAUGAUCAGCUUAAGCUGCUCAGCACAGAGAAUCAGAAACAAGCAAUGCUCGUGCGUCAGCUGGAGGAGGAGCUGCGCUUGCGCAUGCGCCAGCCCAAUCUCGAGAUGCAGCAGCAAAUGGAAGCCAUCUACGCGGAGAACGAUCAUCUGCAGCGCGAGAUCAGCAUAUUGCGCGAGACCAUCAAGGAUCUCGAGUGCCGCGUGGAAACCCAAAAGCAGACGCUCAUCGCGCGCGACGAGAGCAUCAAGAAGCUGCUCGAAAUGCUGCAGGCCAAGGGCAUGGGCAAAGAGGAGGAGCGCCAAAUGUUCCAGCAAAUGCAGGCGAUGGCACAGAAACAGAUGUACAAUAACUUCACGGGCGGAAGCGGAAGCCCCCCACUGCCCGAUAUCAUUGGACAAUAUUACGGACCAGUCACAGCCGGCGGCUACGGUGGACCGGGCGUCACAACAACCUCGCUCAACGGCGGCUAUGGCAAUGCCUAUGAACUGUACGGGCCAAGCAGUUCGACAGGCUAUUUGUAUGAUCCACAGGCAGCAGCUGCCGCUGCUGCCGCCGCCGCCGCCGCUGCCGCUGCACAGAUCUACGGACAGCAGACAUCGCCGAUACGGAGGAGACGUUACAGCAUUGCCGGUCUGCCAUCGGCGACCAUGUACAACGAUGUCUACGGUUAUCCGGCGCCAACGUUGCAACAGACUAGCUCCUCGAACAUUGUCAAUCUGCUGAACGAGGCAAACAAAUCGAUAUCGCGCUCAUCACAGAUCCUGAACUUGAGCCACCAGGCCAGACAGCUGGGCGGUGGUCAGUGCCAGCAACAGCAGGUGGUAACAACACCGUUGUCCGGCCGUGUGGUAUCCAGUUAUCCGACGCUGCAUGCGGGCGAUUAUUCGCCGCCGUAUCUAAACGAUAACCUGCUGCAAAUGUCGACGAGCUUCUCAUCCCAGCCCAAUAUGUACUUCCAGCCGCAGCAGCCGACGCAGCUGACGGCCGCACAAAGUGCCGCUGCGGCGGCUGCACGACUGCGACCCGCCUACUCCGUAUCGAAUCUUGUCGGUGGCUAUUUGCCAGCCAGCUGCAAGUACGGUGCAACGGGUUACGCGAAUCCCUAUCAGAGCGAUCUAACCGGCUACGGCCUCGGUCUUGGUCUCGGUCUGGGUUCGGGUGCGGGUCUCGGCUCAAAUCUGGGCCUGGGCCUGGGCCUGCCGGCAUCGGCACAACAACGCCAGCUCAUGUCACACUCACUGCAUGCCUCCAAUCCCGCCAUAACGCAGUACUAUCAGCAGCAGCAUUCGAUGCCACCGCCGGCCAGCUCGACGCUGGCCUACAAUCUGCAUCAGCAGUUCGCCGGCACUCAACAGCAGCAGCAGCAGCAACAGCAGCAGCAGGCGGCACAUUCGCAUAUACAGGCCUCGGUGCAGCAGCAGAUGAACCCGCAGUAUCAGUAUCAUGUGCAUCAGCACCAGAAUCAUCUGCAAACCCAUCCGCUGGCAUCGCUGGCCAAUACGAGCGGCCCAUUUGGCGGUACGCUGGCGAGCAGCGCUCGAGAUGUUGGCGUCGGCUACGAACCGCUGCAUCAUGCUUCGCAUCUGGCGUCGCAUCAUCAUUCGCAUCCGCAUACGCAUCAUCAUCAUCAUCUAGCGGCCGGGCUGCAUGCCCCACCAUAUUCGCACACGCAUCAUCAGCAGCAGCUACAACAACAACAACAACAACACCAUCAUCACCACCAUUUGCCAUACUCGAAACUAGACUUAGAUUAUCCGAAACUGCCGCAAGAGCAUAAGCGACAAUUGGACGAAUUCCGUCUUGAAAUACAAAGAAGGGAUCAAGAGAUCUUGGCGAUGGCGGCCAAAAUGAAAACGCUCGAGGAGCAGCAUCAGGACUAUCAGCGGCACAUAGCGGUGCUCAAGGAGUCGCUAUGUGCCAAAGAGGAGCACUACAAUAUGCUGCAGACGGACGUUGAGGAGAUGCGCGCCCGGCUCGAGGAGAAGAAUCGGCUCAUCGAGAAGAAGACCCAGGGCACACUGCACACUGUCCAGGAGCGAAAUCGUUUGACCAGCGAGCUAACCGAGCUCAAGGAUCACAUGGACAUUAAGGAUCGCAAGAUCAGUGUGCUGCAGCGCAAGAUUGAGAACCUGGAGGAUCUGCUGAAGGAGAAGGAUAACCAGGUGGACAUGGCCCGUGCUCGACUCUCCGCCAUGCAGGCCCACCACAGCAGCUCCGAGGGCGCACUCACCAGCCUGGAGGAGGCCAUCGGCGACAAGGAGAAGCAAAUGGCGCAGCUGCGCGAGCAAAGGGAUCGCGCCGAGCACGAAAAGCAGGAGGAGCGCGAUCUGCAUGAACGCGAGGUGGCCGACUACAAAAUGAAGCUGCGCGCCGCCGAAAGCGAUUUGGAGAAGCUGCAAACGCGUCUAGAACGUGCUGUCAACGAGCGCGAACGGCUCGAGAUCAAGCUGGAGGCAUCGCAAAGCGAACUGGGCAAAUCGAAGGCGGAACUGGAGAAGGCCACCUGCGAGAUGGGACGCAGCAGCGCCGAUUGGGAGUCGACAAAGCAGCGCAUCGCACGUUUGGAGCUGGAGAACGAGCGGCUGAAACACGAUCUGGAACGUUCGCAGAAUGUACAAAAGUUAAUGUUCGAAACGGGCAAAAUAUCGACGACAUUCGGACGCACCACAAUGACCACAUCCCAGGAGCUGGAUCGGGCGCAGGAGCGCGCGGACAAGGCUGCCGCCGAGCUGCGGCGCACUCAGGCCGAGCUGAGAGUGACACAGUCGGAUGCGGAGCGCGCACGCGAAGAGGCCGCCGCACUGCAGGAGAAGCUGGAGAAGAGCCAGGGCGAAGUGUACCGACUGAAGGCGAAGCUGGAGAAUGCCCAGGGCGAGCAGGAGAGUCUGCGCCAGGAGCUGGAGAAGGCGCAGAGCGGCGUCUCGCGUAUACACGCCGAUCGCGAUCGGGCGUUCGCCGAGGUGGAGAAGAUCAAGGAGGAAAUGGAGCGCACGCAGGCAACGCUGGGCAAGGCGCAGCUGCAGCACGAGAAGCUGCAAAACACGCUGGACAAGGCACAGAACGAGGUCGAUCAUCUGCAGGAUAAACUAGACAAGGCCGGCACCGAGAAUCGACGUCUGGUGCUCGAAAAGGAGAAGCUCACCUAUGACUAUGAUAAUCUCCAAUCGCAGCUGGACAAGGCGCUCGGCCAGGCGGCGCGCAUGCAGAAGGAACGCGAAACUCUCACGCUGGAUACGGAUCGCAUACGCGAAAAGCUUGAGAAGACGCAGAUGCAGCUAGCGCGCAUACAAAAGGAAAGGGAUCAGUUCUCUGAUGAACUGGAAACGCUCAAGGAGCGCUCGGAAUCCUCCCAGACGCUGCUCAUGAAGGCCGCACGAGAUCGUGAGGCGAUGCAAACCGAUCUGGAAGUACUUAAAGAGCGCUAUGAGAAAUCGCAUGCCAUACAGCAGAAACUGCAGAUGGAGCGCGAUGAUGCUGUCACCGAGGUGGAAAUACUCAAGGAGAAACUGGACAAGGCUCUCUAUGCCAGCCAGAAGCUCAUCGACGAGAAGGACACAUCCAACAAGGAGUUCGAGAAGAUGCUGGAGAAGUACGAUCGUGCUCAGAACGAGAUCUAUCGCCUGCAAUCGCGCUGCGAUACCGCUGAGGCGGAUCGCGCCCGACUCGAGGUGGAGGCCGAACGCUCCGGCUUGGCCGCCUCGAAGGCGCGCGAGGAUCUGCGCAAGCUGCAGGACGAAAGCACACGGCUGCAGGAGGCCUGCGAUCGUGCCGCCCUGCAGCUCAGUCGCGCCAAGGAGUGCGAGGAUAAUGCGCGCACCGAACUGGAACACAAUCGGGAUCGAUUCGACAAGAUGCAAACGGACAUACGACGCGCCCAGGGCGAAAAGGAGCACUUCCAAUCGGAGCUGGAGCGCGUCACCUACGAGCUGGAGCGUGCCCAUGCGGCACAGACCAAAGCGGCCGCCAGCGUGGAGGCCGCCAAGGAGGAGGCAGCCCACUAUGCCGUCGAGCUGGAGAAGCUGCGCGAGCGCUACGAAAAGAAUCAGGUGGAGCUGCGCAAGCUGCAGGACACAGACACGUUUGGACGUGAGACGCGUCGCCUCAAGGAGGAGAACGAACGGUUGCGCGAGAAGCUGGACAAGACACUGAUGGAGCUGGAGACGAUACGCGGCAAGUCGCAAUACGAGUCAGAAUCCUUUGAGAAAUACAAGGAUAAAUACGAGAAGAUCGAGACCGAAAUACAGAACAUGGAGUCGAAGCUGCACGAGACCAGUCUGCAGCUUGAACUGUCCAAGGGCGAGGUCGCUAAAUUGCUGGCCAACCAGGACAAACAGCGCAGCGAGCUGGAGCGUGCCCACAUUGAGCGUGAGAAGGCGCGAGACAAGCACGAGAAACUGCUGAAGGAGGUCGAUCGUUUGCGCCUGCAACAGUCCUCGGUGAGCCCCGGCGAGCCGGUGCGCUCGUCCGCCGCGAUCUCAGCGGGCGAGCGACAGGAGAUCGAUCGGCUGCGUGAUCGCCUCGAGAAGGCGCUGCAGUCGCGCGAUGCUACCGAACUGGAGGCCGGUCGCUUGGCCAAGGAACUGGAGAAGGCACAAAUGCAUUUGGCCAAACAGCAGGAGAAUACCGAGUCCACGCGCAUCGAAUUCGAGCGCAUGGGCGCCGAGCUUGGACGCCUGCACGAUCGUCUCGAGAAAUCCGAGUCGGAAAAGGAAGCUCUGCGGCAGAGCAGUCGCGGCCCCGGUGCCGCCGGCGGCGCCCAUCCACAGCUGGAGAAGCACGUCCAGAAGCUGGAGAACGAUGUCAAACAGCUGGCCAUGGAGCGUGAACAGCUUGUGCUGCAGCUGGAAAAGAGUCAGGAGAUACUGAUGAACUUCCAAAAGGAGCUGCAAAACGCCGAACAGGAAUUGCAAAAGACGCGCGAGGAGAAUCGCAAGCUGCGCAACGGCCAGCCCGUUGCGCCCGCCGCACCCGCCGAAAUUCAGGCCAUGCAAAAAGAGAUCCAAACGCUGCAGCAGAAGCUGCAGGAAUCGGAGCGCGCCCUGGCAGCCGCGGGACCACAACAACAACAACAGGCAGCGGCAGCCGCAGCGGGCGCCAGCCGCGAGGAGAUCGAACAGUGGCGCAAGGUUAUCGAGCAGGAAAAGAAUCGCGCCGACAUGGCCGACAAGGCUGCCCAGGAGAUGCACAAGCGCAUACAGCUGAUGGACCAACACAUCAAGGAUCAGCACGCCCAGAUGCAAAAGAUGCAGCAGCAGAUGACGCAACAGCAGCAGCAGGCAGCGCAGCAGGCGGCGCAGCAACAGCAAACGGCGGCAGCCAGCGGCGGCGUCGAUGCCAAGGAGCUUGAAAAGGUCAAAGUUGAACUGCAGGCGGCCUGCACGGAGCGUGAUCGCUUCCAGCAGCAGCUGGAGCUAUUGGUGCAGGAGCUUGAAAAGAGCCAGUUGUCCAAUCAGGAGCAGGCAAAGCAGCUGCAGACGGCGCAGCAGCAGGUGCAGCAGCUGCAGCAGCAGAUCCAACAGCUGCAGCAGCAAAUGCAACAGCUGCAGCAGGCGGGCAGCGCGGGCGCCGCGGCAACAGACGUACAGCGGCAGCAACUGGAGCAGCAGCAGAAGCAGCUGGAGGAGGUGCGCAAACAGAUCGACAACCAGGCGAAGGCCACCGAAGGCGAGCGCAAGAUAAUCGACGAGCAGCGCAAACAGAUCGAGGCCAAGCGCAAGGAUAUCGAGGACAAGGAAAAGAAAAUGGCCGAGUUCGAUGUGCAGUUGCGCAAGCGAAAGGAGCAAAUGGAUCAGCUGGAAAAGUCAUUGCAGACUCAGGGCGGCGGCGCAGCGGCCGCCGGCGAGCUUAACAAAAAGCUAAUGGACACGCAGCGGCAGCUCGAGGCCUGCGUCAAGGAACUGCAAAACACAAAAGAGGAGCACAAGAAGGCGGCAACCGAAACGGAGCGCCUGCUGCAAUUGGUACAAAUGUCACAAGAGGAGCAAAAUGCCAAAGAGAAGACCAUUAUGGAUUUGCAACAAGCCUUAAAGAUCGCUCAAGCCAAAGUCAAACAAGCACAAACACAACAGCAGCAGCAGCAGGACGCUGGACCCGCUGGCUUCUUGAAGAGCUUCUUCUAAAUCGAAAGCGUAUAAGUACUUGUCUCGCCGCAAGUAUAAGUACAAGCCUAACACAACAAAUAACAGCACUGUCUACUAUUUUGUAUACUACCGAUUACCGAUAUACCGACUAUGCAGUAUUUCUUCUACUACUAUGUACCACACACACACACACACACAUACACACACAUACACACACACAUUUGUAAAUGACAUAUGUAAAUGCAAGCAAAUUAUUUGAUAUUUAUUAUAUUGUAAUUAGGUUGCCGCUAUACUCAAAUUAUGAAUGCAUUUAUGUAAAUGUCAGAUUUGUAA